AUGUUGUUGGUCCAAGACAAACUCGGAGAUUUUUGCGUGCAGAUGGUGGGUCACUCAGAGUUUUGGUCGCUUGACUCGGAACCGUACUUUGCCGACGGAAAGGGGGACAUGGAUAUGGAUCUUGAGGUGGCUGGGAAACAAAGCCGAGAACGUAUGGCCUCUGCAUUUGACAGUCUUUCCCUUCUAUUUUGGUGUUUCAUUUCUAUAAAACAAAAGAAAAAAAGAAAAAAAAUUAAUGCAUCAAUCAACGUAAUGCUAUUGUUCAAUUUUAUCACGAGCUAUCCCAGCAGUGAGAGGAGCUACUGUGCCUCCCUCUGUGGAUUUAAUGAUAAAUACCAUGCCAUUGAUAGAGGGGCAUUAUGA